AUGGAUCUAGAGGAAAUGAGUGAAUUGUGUGAGGAGUCUGAGCAAGUGGUCAACUCAUUAAUACUUCGCUACGUUCUAAUAUUUAACGUCCUUUGCGGUGUCAUUGCUAUUCCUUUGAUUAUGCUUGUGAUAAAAGCUACUUUCACGCACAAUCUAGUGCAUUACAAUAUCAAAUGGAUUCUGAUAUUUCACCUAUUGUGCCUUGUCGCCCAUGACAUUUUCAGGAUAAUAAACCACGUCUGGGAUCUGUCCACAUUUCUCACGGCAUCACCGGGCGACUGUAAACUGUUCAGUACUACACGAUGCAUAUUUGUCCGAACACCGAUAAAUCUCACAAUGUAUUUGGCAUAUUCCAGCACUUUCAUGUUGUCUGUUGAAAGGUGCAUUGCCACACGAAAACUGAGCAGUUAUGGCAAGAAUCGGGUAGUUGGACCGGUGCUGGUUGCCAUACAGGCGUUGAAAAAAAUUCAUCAGAAAUGA